GUAGCUUCCGGUUCAAAUACAAAACAUGCAGCGCCGCGGUUAUCAUUCACUGUAGCGUGCCUGAACAGUCUGAUGAAAGCAUGUUGACCCCGCCGAAGGAGAGGAUGCCCAGUAUGAUAGACAGGGCUCUGAGGAUGAGGAGGGAGGAACAGGCUCGCCAGGUGGUCCUCGCCUGGGCUGUGCUCAACGUGUCUCUAGCUGGCAUGAUAUACACUGAGAUGUCUGGGAAAUUGCUGAGCCGAUACUACAACAUCACCUACUGGCCUAUCUGGUACAUCGAACUGGUUCUAGCCUCUCUUUUUAGCCUCAAUGCUCUUUUUGAUUUCUGGAAAUAUUUCAAAUACACGAUGGCUCCCUCCACCAUUGCCGUAUCCCCUGAGCAGCAUCACCUCCUAGGCCUGAGGAACACAAGUAUUCAGGCCUCUCCGCCCCAAAAGCCAGAAAAAAAGGAGACCCCAGCUCCAGCGCAGUCGUCCCCGCUGCAGGGCCAAAGCGUGCUGAGUUUCAGCCCCUCGCGGCCAGCCACCACCAGCCCCAAGUUCUCCCCCAGCUGUGUACCUGGGUACAGCCCUCCUCUCAGCAACCCAUCCACGCCAAGCAGUGCAGGGGGGCCCUUUUCCCCCUCAGUGGCCUUUGGAAAGGUGUUGAACUACAGUCCCUCUCCUGGCUCUUCUCCCUACCCCAGCAGCAUUGGACCAGCAGAAGGCUCCAGCCUGAGAGCUCGAUAUCGCACGUCCCCCUCUGUGUUUAACUCCCCUGGAAGCAAGGAGGACUACAUGGAGGAUCUGAAAAGCCUGGAGAGGUUCCUCCGCACGGAAGAGGAGAAGAGCCACCGCAGCCAGCUAGGGAGUCCCGAGGCUGUCUCUCCGAACCACAGCCCAACAUUUUGGAACUACAACCGCUCAGUGGGAGAUUACGCCCAGAGCCUGAGGAAGUUCCUGUACCAGCCAGCCUGCCGCUCUCAGGCCCCGUCAGCCCACAAGGAUGAGACGGACCUGGGCUCCAAACAGGCUGCAGAGGAGGUGUGGGCCAGAAUCACAACCAGCCGCCCUGUAGUGGACCGCAUUGAUAGCUGGACUGCCAAGCUUAGAAACUGGAUCAGUGACACAAUCUUGGUUCCCCUGGUCAAGGAAAUAGACUCUGUCAACAGUCAGCUCAGGAGGAUGGGCUGCCCUGAGCUCCAGAUAGGAGAGGCCAGCAUAAGCAGCCUGAAACAGGCAGCGGUGAUGAAAGCCUCGUCCAUCCCCACUAUGAACUCUAUCGUUCAGUAUCUGGACAUCACUCCCAACCAGGAGUAUCUAGUGGACCGCAUAAAGGAGCUGGCCCACAGCGGCUGCAUGAGCUCCUUUCGCUGGAAUGGUGGUGGAGACCUGAAGAACAGGAAGUGGGACACAGACCUCCCUACUGACUGUGCUAUCCUCAUGCAUAUGUUUUGUACAUACUUGGACUCCAGACUGCCCCCGCAUCCAAAGUAUCCAGACGGGAAGACUUUCACUUCACAGCACUUCAGCCACACCCCAGACAAACCCGAUGUUACGAAGGAGAACCUCUUCUGCGUCCACCAAAGCAGCACCACUCCUCCUCACUACCAGCUCAUCUACCAGGGACAUAUCUACAGUCUACCCAAGGGCAGGAACAACCUGUUCCACACAAUCCUCAUGUUCCUCUAUGUCAUUAAGACUAAGGAGUCAGGGAUGCUGGGGAGAGUAAAUCUUGGCCUCUCUGGUGUGAACAUCUUGUGGAUAUACGAAGACUGAUGCGCCGUCUUUUACAAGCAACAAAAAGCCUCAAGUGGGUAUCCCCUCCCUUCCCACAAUGCUGUGGCUACUCUGGUUGGAAUACCACCUCAAGUUAAGGACUGCUCUUUUAGGGGCACAUCAUAAAAGCAGCACUUCACUUUGAAAGACGAUGAAUGCAUAUUUUUGGGACAUUUUCUCAACUUUGGCAACAUUCUGUAUUGUCAUUGACAUUUUAAGUAUGUGACACCACAGCGUGCUUAUGAUGCAAUGCAGAGUUGUAUUUUUUAACACUGUUUGGUUUUCUGAUUUUGUAUUUUGAGAAUGUACCAGCAUGGCAGCCUUGUAAAUAAUAUACCUCAGAUUUAUCUGGCGGGUGUUAAAAGGGCUCGGACCCGUUUAGCAUGAAUGAAUGAAUACAGUAUGUGUGGCUUUUAUUCCUUUUUCUGGUAUGCUGUUUUUUUUGUUCCUGUAGUUGAAUGAAUGUCUUCUACAGUAGAGAUGGUCCUGACAUGCUUGAAGUCACUUACAUGAAAUUGGUCUUGUGAAAACGGAAGCAAUACACAAACAGUUCAAGUAUUGAAGUAUUCAGUCAUUGCGAAGCUUCCCUUAGUACUACGCUGCAACACAUAGUAUGUAAAGUGUUGAUUCUUUUCAUAUGUGAUGGAGAACAAAUGGGAAAAAGGUUUGAAUCACCAAAGUCAAUAUAGUGUCUUUUACAAAAGAGAUCUGAAUGCCAUUUAUCCUGACUGCUUGUGUCAGCCAUUAGUUACGUUUCAAUCUUUCUACAUGUUUGCUUGUUUUCAAUAAUGCCAUUUUACAAAUGUCAGGAGAGUUGAAAAUAAAAUUGAGAUAUUAAAAAA